AUGAGGAAAAGUAACUCAAAUAGUGAAAUAAACAUCAAUUCUAAAAUCAACAAAAGAAAAUACGUUUCUAGUAAAAAUUGUAUCACAAGAGAAAAAUUAGGCAAAAGACAGUCUGACUCAAGGUUAUCACUACCUGCUUUAGCUAAGAUAUUGAAUCUUGAAAACAAUCAAGAGGAGGCAGGCAAAAGAGAGAAAUACAUUUUGAGCAUAUUGAAAAACGAUAUUGGAUUUCAAUUGGGAAACAAAACGUGGGUGAGAGACACACCAUUGCAAGAAAGAGAGCGAAUUUUGGAUGAGCUAUACCAUAAAGUGAAAAGCGUGUAUGAUUACGACAAAGAGUUGUUGGAGGUGAUUGUGAGAAGAGCAAGCUACUAUAUGAUGCAAGGAAGACUACGCAGAGAAAGGAGAGCAGCUGCUAAGCUCAGAAAGCAAAAAUAG